AUGGGUUCAUUUGCUACCGGAAGAGGAGGAGCUGGUAAUAUUCAUUCCAAUCCCACCGAAUUGACUGAUGGGUUACGUCCGACUGUAUCCACCAAUUCCGUCAAGAAAGUGACUUCUGCUGGCAGUGAUGAUAAGAGAAUAUAUUACUCUACUGGUAGAGGUGGUGCUGGUAAUAUCAAAUCAUCUAGUGAAAUCCCAUCACCAAAGUUAAUUCCUCAAGGUUCUAAUACUCCACAGUUGACUUCCAAUAUCAUUACUACUGGUAGAGGCGGUUUUGGAAACAUGGUUAAGAAUGACAACCCCGAAUUAAUUCGAAAGUUACAAGACGUUGACGGAGCUGCUCCUGGUGAAGAGUUGACAUCUGUUACAAGUAAUAGAUCAUUUACUGUCGGUAGAGGAGGAUUAGGUAACGUUGUUUCAAAGACAAGAUCACAUGGAAGUGCCCAUCUGACUGAGGAAGUGCCUAACUUGUAUGCCGUUACAAGUAAUGGAGAAUCCAGAGAAUCUAGACUCAAGAAGCAAAAUCAAAAGAAUUUUGUAGGCAAAUUGAAGAAUUUAUUCCAUUAG